CACGUACUUUGCGUGCUGGUGACGCAAACUGCGAUCCAACUCGUAUCACCGCCCCGUUCGCUCAGAUUUCUGUGGCCGUAACCACCAGGCGCGGCCGUGGCAGAAACCUGCGUCCGCCGUAGUUUUCUCUGCGAUUGAUUCGCUCAUGGAUAUAUCCCUCAGAGAUUCAACUCCCUCGCAUGCCACCUUCUCCGCUACAGCUGGAGUCUGUUUGAUGAGAAAUGCGUGGAAAGGGGACCAACAUCCAUCGUUCAUCAAUUUUAUCUCCACUUUUCUCUCUGCAAAUUUUUUUCGCCUAAAUUUUGUCCCAAUCGCUCCGGACUUUAUUUUCAAUUGUGGGGGAUUGUCUGUGGCCUUCAUUUUUGUGACAAACUGGGACUGCAACAAUGUUGCUCCAAUCUUCAACAGAGUGAAGAAACUGAAGAUGCAAUUUGCUCGUUUUUACGUCAUUAUCACACUCCCAGCAAAAGAGCAAAUUGAUUCAUUUAUUCAGUCAUAUUUCAAAUUUGGGAUGGUGAUUGGCAAACCUACAUUUGUGCCAGUUCAGGACUUGGAGAUGGGAUUUGAAAAGAUGGUAAAAAUAGCUCAUUCUUCUGGAGUAUACAAGCAAGAGAAAAUUGGAGAAAAAUUGAAAGCUGAGAGAAAGCAGUUGGUGCAAGGAAUGAACUUUUACCUUAAGGUGGUUACAUCCAUCCCAGGCAUUGACAAUCAUGAUGCAAAUGCGCUUAGUCAAGCUAUUGGUUCUGUCCAAGCAAUUGCCAAGGCGUCAAAAGAGCAAAUUCUAGAGAACACUGAUCUUUCCACUGACAAGGCAGAGAUGGUUUCAAGGUUUCUCAGGGACCCAAAGUAUUACUUGCGUCCCAAGAUCAACUGAUGGCAGAGUAACAAUGGAAUCCAGGUUGGAGUUCUUUUUGCUCAAAUGAAAUAAUCAGCGCUCUUGCACUGUUUAAAUAUAGGAUCUUUGUUAAUUUUUUUUAUCUUGUUAUCUUCUGUUUAUAAUACUACUCGUAAUUCCAAUUUUUAUCGACUGACAACUAUAAUGAGGGAGACAGCUCCAUAACGUUGUCUCCGAUCAUGAUACAAGCAGUUUUAUGCUUUGUUUAGUAAAGGAUAAAAAGG